UUCGCGGCUGGUGAUGCAAACAUAGACAAAUUAACUGAAAACAUUAAGUCUGAAAUGUAGUUUGCGCGGUAUUACCUCGCUUAGCCAGUUGUUAGCCUGUUAGCUAUCGCAUCAACUUGCUAAAUGUGAGUUUUAGCCUGUUAGCUUUGUGUUGCGCGAUUGGAGAGCGUGGUCCUAACCCUAAUAAGACAUGAAUAAUCACGCUUUAUUGAUCUUUUAACAAGAUAACGUUGUACUUUCUGUAAUAUGAGAACACGACUGUUGCCAUGAAACAGGCCAAACACACUUCAGCAAUAAGGUCACCUGAUAUUUCACACUGUUCCAGUGAACCCUCACGUUAUUAUAUGCUGCUUUUACAGCCAUGAGCCGAUACCGACAUUCAGCCGAGCAAAGACUCGCAGACAUUGACUACACACGGCUGACCCAACUAACCCAGCUAAAAGAUUCUCUUCACAGUCCUGAGGAGGCCCAUAAAACAUUUAUGAAACUAUAUCAAGAAAUAUUCCCGCGCCCUCAGACAUCGUUACCCAGAAUACAUCUCAAGACUGGGACCCAACCUCCAGUGAAGCUGAGAGCAUACGAGUCCGUCCAAGAGGUCAGCAGACAUCAGCCACAUGGAAAACCGGCUCAGGAAUCACUCAUGAAUCAUGUGAUCAAAGCCCUUAAGAAAUUCCCUAUUGAGAGAUCCCAGUCAGAGCAUCACGUCAUUUAUAAACUACUGAAGGGAGUCCACAGUCUGACCUCACAGCUGGGCUCGCAGGAGCUGAAACAGAUUAGUGCCGUCACCACCAUCGAGACCUGGGACCGCGGACAGAUCAUUUUCGGACAUAAUGGAUUUUACCUCGUUCUGAAGGGCUCAGUGAAACCGUUCAACCAUGAAACCCUUAAAGAGGACCAGACAGUCACUACGAUUGCAGCUGGAGGUUCAUUUGGAUGCUGUAAACCUGUAAAUGCAGUAGAUGGAGGUGCCAUCAUCCAGUGUGUCAUGACACUCGAGACCUGCGAGAUUCUCAAAAUAUCUCACUCCGGCUACGAGAAGCUAAAAAAAGACAUCCUGGCACAGGACCAUGAAGUUAAAUUAUCUUUGAUCCAGGGUUGCCAGCUGUACCUUCACUGGCCAAAGCUUUCCAUCAACCACCUGGUCGACGGCAUGCAGCUAAAAACAUUCCCUGCUAAUCAAGUGCUGGUGAAGGAGGGAAAGAUCUGUCCAUUUGUGGCCUUCAUUGGACGUGGAGAAUGUAACAUCUUUCAGGACGUGAGAUCACUGAUAAAACCUCUUGACAAGAAGGGCUGCAGGAUCAGAUUUGUGAUGGUGGGUAAGCUGGGUCCAAAGCAGUCGUUUGGAGAGGUCAGCAUCCUACUGAACCAGCUUUCCCCUUGUACUGUUAUCACUGCCACUGAAGUUCAUGGUGGAAUCAUUCAACCAGAAUGCCUCAAAGGACUGGACUCAGUGACCACUUCUCUUAUACUGCAAACUGCACAACCGAUGUGUGGAAAGCUUAGUGAGGAGGAAGUCUUGAAGGAGUUCCUGACACAGGAGAGGAUGAAGAAAUGGGAACACGAGAAGAGGAAGAUACUUUCCGAUGCUUUAUUUUAUAAUGGCAUUCACCCAGGAAGAGGCAAAUGGGCUUUUAACAGAGGACCAAGAGGAGUGACUGGGAAAUCCAAGAAGACCAUAUGAACUUUUGAUGGAUUAAC